UUGAGCUGAAUCAGCAUCAGCAUGAGCUGUUAAUUCUAUUACGGCAUCGUUUCCAUUCAACGUCAAGAGUAAGACACAAUCCUGAGCAGCAGCAACUUUCGAUUCCGAAGAAACAAUGGCGAGUCGCAUGAUCCUCGGAGCAAUUAAGAAACGCCCCGUUUUGUUCCCCGCAUUCCCUGGAACCUCCAUUUCCUCUUCUCGAUACGGUAGCACGCUCGUUGUGGCGGAACACGAAGGUGGUGCUGUCAAACCUCCUUCUCUCUCUGCACUUGCGGCUGCCACGUGUCUUCCUGAUAACGACUCUUCCGUUUCUCUCCUCUUGGCUGGUUCGGGUCCUUCUCUUCAUCAAGCUGCUUCGUAUGCUGCUUCUUGCCACCCUUCAAUCUCUCAGGUUCUCGUGGCAGAAUCAGAUAAAUUCAAGAGCCCUCUAGCAGAGCCCUGGGCUAAAUUGGUCCAUUUGGUUCAGCAGAAAGGUGGUUACUCUCAUAUAGUUGCUGCUUCAAAUUCUUUUGGAAAAAAUGUCAUGCCACGCGCAGCUGCCCUUUUAGAUGUUUCUCCAAUUACAGAUGUUACCGGGAUUUCUGAUUCUCAUACUUUUGUAAGGCCAAUAUAUGCUGGAAAUGCACUUUGUACUGUCCGGUAUACUGGAGCCAAUCCUUGUAUAUUAACGAUUAGAGCCACAUCUUUUCCUGUUUCUCAGAAAUCUGACUCAAAAUCUAAUGAGGCUUCAAUAUCUCAGGUUGACCUUUCAACCUUUGAUGAAGAUCUGGGCAAGUCUAGAUAUAUAUCUCAAACUUCUCAGGAUGAUGAACGACCAGAUCUUGGGAAUGCACGAAUUGUAGUUACUGGUGGCCGUGCACUAAAGAGUGCUGAGAACUUUAAAUUGAUAGAAAAUCUAGCCCAGAAACUUGGUGCUGCUGUUGGUGCAACUCGUGCUGCUGUUGAUGCAGGAUUUGUUCCUAAUGAACUUCAGGUUGGGCAAACUGGAAAGAUUGUUGCUCCUGAACUCUAUUUGGCUUUUGGUGUAUCCGGAGCUAUUCAACACUUGGCAGGGAUGAGGGAUUCCAAGGUCAUUGUUGCUGUGAACAAUGAUGCUGAUGCUCCUAUAUUUCAGGUUGCUGAUUAUGGACUUGUAGGAGAUUUGUUUGAGGUGAUACCAGAGUUACGAGAGAAGCUUCCUGAGAAAAAAUAAAACGUGAACAUGCAUCUUUGUAUACUAUACAGUUGCAGAAUGUAUCAUCCUUGGAACCUCAAUUGCAUUUGUUUACCUGAAUUAAAAAGAAAAUAAAAUUUAUGGAUGGACGAUUACAAUGGAU